UGUCGUCCGUUCACUCAAAAUAGACCGUCGUCAAACAGCAUUCUUAUGUUGACAUGAAGUAUUUUAUUAGGUUGUUUUUUUUUAGCUUACGAAAUAUGUUCAAGUUGCAUGUUGAUUGCGGGACUAUGCUAACGUAGCGUUUAUAAGCAUAACUAGUAACAUUAAAGAAAUGCGGAAUUUACACGGAAGAGGGAUUUAAAGGUCGUUGAAGGCGUUUCUCAGAGCUUUGAAAACACAUCCUGUAAAUAUGAAGAGUCGGCUCAGAUAAACAUACUGCUUACAUUUCAAACGUAUUGCUGAUUUUCAAUUUCUUUGUUUUAAAAUUAUAUUUUAAUACAAAAAAAAUAUAUAUAUAUAUAUAUAUAUAUAUAUAUACCGGCUCCGUGUGUAGCUUGUCAUUCAUGAUGUGGAGGGUAGGUCCUGUUUUAAGGCUCGCGCGGAGAGAAGCCGUCAGACUCUGUUCCAGUCACUCGCGCAAGCCUUCAACAUUGUCCGCCUCCAAGUCCAACUCAAAUUCUCGUCUUCAAGUUGAAAAACUGAAGCGGAAGAAAAACAGGGAGAACGCCAUAUUGUUCACUCAACACCUUACUGCUGAAGAGGACCUUAUCAAAUGGAGUGCGAAGGAGAGAAUUCUCUACACUGCUCCUACAUCACGUGGAGCAAAGAAAGAUACAAGCUUGGCGUUCCCAUCCUCAUACAGCCCAGAGUAUGUGGAAUCCAGCUGGUAUCAAUGGUGGGAGAAGGAAGGAUUCUUCAGCCCCGAGCACCAUGACAUUCAGGAGUUAUCUCAUGCGGUGGAUCAGAACUUCUCUUUGUGUAUACCGCCACCAAACGUGACAGGGACUCUGCAUCUGGGCCAUGCUCUGACUGUAGCAAUAGAAGAUGCUUUAGUUCGAUGGAGAAGGAUGCAGGGCCAAAGAGUACUAUGGGUCCCUGGCUGUGACCACGCUGGUAUAGCAACACAGAGUGUAGUGGAGAGGAUGCUGCUUCGAGAACAAGGGAAGUGCAGGCGAGACUUCACAAAAGAGGAGUUUUUACAGGAGGUUUGGAAAUGGAAAAAUGAGAAAGGAGAUGAGAUAUAUCACCAGCUGAGGACACUUGGCGCUUCCUUGGACUGGAGUAGAGCCUGUUUCACCAUGGAUAAAGGUUUCAGUAAGGCAGUAACUGAGGCCUUCGUCCGUCUAUGUGACGCUGGUCUGAUCUAUCGCUCGGAGGGUCUCGUCAAUUGGAGUUGUGCUCUGGAGUCCGCCAUCUCAGACAUAGAGGUUGAUUUGAAGGAACUAUCUGGGAAAACUAUGCUGUCUGUACCUAGCUAUGGACAUGAAGUGGAGUUUGGAACCAUGCUCACCUUUGCAUACCCGAUAGAUGGUCACAGUGGAGAGAUAAUGGUCUCAACAACUCGUCCAGAGACAAUGCUGGGAGAUGUGGCCAUAGCGGUUCACCCUGAUGAUCCUCGAUACCAGGAUUUUCAUGGAAAGCAAUGCCGCCACCCCUUCAAUGACAGACUGCUGCCGAUUGUCACUGAUAACAUUGUGGCCAUGGAGCUCGGCACAGGUGCAGUGAAGGUUACUCCUGCUCAUGACCACACAGACUUUUUGUUGUCACAGAGACACAGUCUGCCACGCCUCACUGUGAUUGGAGGAGAUGGGAAGAUGACUCCGCUCUGUGGACAAUGGCUGGAGGGGGUGAAGCGGUUUGAUGCCAGACAGCUCGUAGUGAAUGCUUUGGUUGAGAAAAAGCUGUUCAGAGGAAAGAAGGAGCACGCCAUGACCUUACCUAUUUGCAGCCGCUCAGGGGAUGUCCUCGAGCCUCUUCUAAAGAAGCAAUGGUUUGUUCGCUGCCACGGAAUGGCUCAAAAAGCUAUACAGGCUGUUGACCAGGGUCAGCUGGAAAUCGUCCCUCCCUUUUACACCAAAACAUGGAAGAACUGGCUGUCCAACAUCAGUGAUUGGUGCAUUUCCAGGCAGCUGUGGUGGGGGCAUCAGAUCCCUGCUUACACAGUGGAAUUUCCUCCCUCUACUGACAAACAAGAGGACCAAUGGGUCUGGGGAAGGAAUGAGGAUGAGGCCCGUCAGAGAGCUUCUGUCAAAUACGGAGCGAAACCACAGGACAUCAGUUUGACUCAGGACUCCGAUGUUCUGGACACCUGGUUCUCUUCUGCGCUGUUUCCUUUCGCCAUGUUGGGCUGGCCUCAACAGACUAGAGAUUUUCAGCGUUUCUACCCAAAUUCCAUCCUGGAGACGGGCAGUGACCUGAUCUUCUUUUGGGUGGCGAGGAUGGUCAUGCUGGGCACAGAGCUGACAGGCCAGUUGCCUUUUAAGCAGGUUCUGCUUCACUCUUUGGUGAGGGAUAAACAUGGUAGGAAAAUGAGUAAAUCCUUGGGAAAUGUCAUCAACCCCUUGGAUGUAAUUUAUGGAGUCUCCUUGGAGAGGCUUCAACAGAAAGUUAAAGAGGGGAACCUCGACCCCAGGGAGCAGGCGAUUGCCAUGGAAGCUCAGAGGAAAGACUUCCCUCAGGGGAUCCCUCAGUGCGGAACUGAUGCUCUGAGAUUUGCCCUUUGCUCUCACAAAAUUAUGGGAGAAGACAUCAGUCUAUCAAUCUCACAGGUUUUGAACUGUAGACAUUUCUGUAAUAAAGUGUGGCAGACGCUGAGAUUCACUCUCGGCGUGCUGGGGGACAACACUACACCAGUGGGGACCCUAGAGGAGGUGUCUCAUUUGAGUAGCAUGGACCAGUGGAUCUGCUCCCGACUCUACAGUACAGUAGCAGAAAUAGAGAAGGCCUUUGAAGAAUAUGAGCUGCACACUGUCACUGCUGCUUUGUACUCCUUCUGGGUCCACAACCUGUGUGAUGUCUAUAUGGAGAGUGUGAAACCUGUGCUACAGGAGCAAAAUGAAGGAACAGGGGUCACGCAGAAUAACAGCAAAGUGAGACCAGCAGCAAGUGUCGUCCUCUAUCACUGUGUGUCUUUGUCUCUGGCCCUCCUCUCCCCAAUCAUGCCCUUCCUGACUGAGGAACUGUGGCAGAGACUCCAGCCAUUCAGAACUGAAGCUGCAGCCGCCCAGAGGAGCCUGUGUGUCCAGCCUUACCCCCGCUCGUCUCAACUGAAACACUGGCAUUUCCCAGAAGAGGAAAGAGAUUUCCUCCUGGUGCAGGAAGUGAUCCGAGUGGCUCGCUCCCUUAGGGCUCAGUGUGGUUUGACCAAAGAAAAGCCUGACAUGUGGGUGGUAUGUUCACACAGUCAGGCCCAGAUUCUCCUUCACUUUGGAUCUGCUGUUUGGACUUUGAGCCGAGUCUCCCGCAUCAAUAUCUACUGUCCUGAAAGAGCUCUCUCCGCUGUCUCUUCCACUCCCCCACCCAAAGGCUGCCUUGUAGGUGUUGUGGACCACACGUGUCAGCUGCACCUUCAUCUUCAGAGUGCCAUGAACAUUGACAAACAAAUGGCCCAGCUCACCAAACGUCGAAGCAAGCUUGCCCCCAAACUGGAUGAGAUCCUCCGCAAAAUCCAAUCUCCACACUACCUAACCAAAGUCCCAGCACACAUCAGGGAGCAGAUGGACAAUAAGAUUUCAGCCUUUCAGCAGGAGUUGAAGACUAUUGAUGAUCAUCUGAAGGUGCUGCAAAUGACAGAAUAUCACACCAGCAGCUAUUCCAGUGAUGGUGUUGAUCAGUAUCAUACACAAAGUUCUUGAGAGCACAUGAACGCAAAAGAAGAAAAAUCAUGACAUAAGAGCAGAAGUACUUGGGUGUAUAAUUAAUAAUAUUGAAAAAAUAUAAUAAUUAAAAAAUAUAUAUAUUA